CCUCCCAUUGGAAUAUUUUCCCCUGAGGGCAGUACGUCAAAAUCAGACAGGAAUAAAAAGACAGGGAAGGGAGACCAUUGCGUUAUGCUUUUUUGAUUCAAGUAGCAGAAGUGACAACCGAAACUUAACCAACUGUUCAAAUCAUGAAACUUGCAAGACUGAAACACAGGAGGACGCUCGGGUUUUAAUGGACGAUCAAAAUAUGUGACACUUCCGCCAAGCCAGAACUUUUUCAAUCAAAGCAGAGUCAUGAGGGUGUAAGCAACCAAAGCUUCCCAAUUCUCCAGGUCAGAGGCCACCCGCACACGUACGAAACUAUGAGUAUCAAUAUGUCGAAUGGAGGGCAGGUCGCCAGCAACACCUCUGACGUCAUCGACUUGUCACCGCCUGUCUACAUGUACGCCUACGUCACGAUACUCAACAUCGUUAUCUUUGUGGUUGGCGUCAUUGGCAACGUCCUUGUCCUAGUGGUCAUCGUGCGCAUGCGUGUCAUGAGAACGAGGGUGAACUAUUUCCUGGCCAGUUUAAGUGUUGCCGAUCUGUUAGUGCUGGCUGUCUGUCAACCUUCAGCCAUGUUAGAGUUCUACACCAGGGAGCAGUGGGUGCUGGGAUACUUCAUGUGCAAGCUCAUUCCCUUUUUAGAACACUGGACACUUCAUGCAUCAGUGCUUACCUUGUUACUCAUAGGCUUUGACCGUUACUUGACCAUCUGCCACCCUCAGAUUCGAACCUGCCCUAAACACACUUGGCUUCUGCUGUUACCCGUUUGGAUUCUGUCAUGCUUCACUGCACUGCCCUUUAUCUUCUUCACCAGCUUAGACGCCGGGAAAUUCGUUGAUGGAUCUAAUGCCGAGGCAUGCAGAACCAAGGCUUACAAACUGCCUUCCAGAAUCAUGGUCACCAUUAUCUUCUGCUGCACCUUCGUCCUCCCCCUCCUGCUGCUCAUCUUCCUCUACACUUCCGUCAUCCUUGCCUUGCGCAGACUCAGCGGAAGUGACAUCAUCGCCGUCAAAGAGAACGGUCACGCCGAUGGCCCUCGUAAUGAGGUCAACGCGUCGUCUGCCAAGAGCAGACGUCAAGUAGCGCGCAUGAUGGUCGCCAUCGUAGUGGUUUUCUUCCUCUGCCUUAUGCCCUUUAAGAUUUUCACUCUGUGGCUCACGUUCGCUGAAGAGAAGAGCCUCGAGAGCCUUGGGUUUGAACCCUUCUACAACUUGCUGUCUUUAUGUCGUCUGGUGACCUACGUCAACAGUGCGGGCAACCCGGUCAUCUACACCUGGAUGUCUCCAAGGUUUCGUAGAGCCUUCCUUGUGUCACUUCCCAGAUGCAGAAAAAAUGUAAAAGACAGAGUGUAUUAUAUGAAUUAAACGCUAGAGCUGUUGAACAAGGGAUUGAAAAAGCGUGUCCCCCUGCUAUGUUUUCAUAUAUUGUACAACACAACAAGGCAGUGAGAUAAGUUA